AUUGCUGUCAAGCUGUCAAGUUGUCAGCAGUCCUAGCGGGUUUUGAUGGAUGUUGGUGCAAGUAAAUUUGAUUUUUUAUGAGUAAACAUGAAGAUGUACUAAAACUCAAUGAGGCAGUCAUCAAGUUUUAGUUAUAAAUAGCGGAAUGCUGGGGUAUAGUGUGUAUAAAUCGUUUAAAAACUGGUACAUGGGAUGAAUGAAGAAGAUCUCAUAAAAAGAUCUGCCGAAGAGCGAGAAAAAAUUUUUAAACGUUAUGAACAAGGGCGGGAGGGAGCAGAAAUUGAUCCUUGGGAGGACCCUGGGUUUGAGGUCUACCAUGCCACAGAUAGAUAUGGUUUUAUCCAUGAUAAACGAUUACCAUCCAAAGUGGACCCGCAGGAAGCAAAGAAGUUGCAAAUUGAAGUAGAACGUCAAAAGAAAUGGAUCAAAAUGUUGAAGAAUUGGGAAAGCUCGGCUGUUAAAGAAAAACUACAUUCUAGAGUAUAUAAGGGCAUUCCAAAUUCUUUAAGACCUGAAGCUUGGUGUAAAUUGUUGCAAGUAGAGAAAAUAAAAAGCGAAAACAAAGAUGUGUAUACUGAAAUGAUGCGAUUAGCUAGGAAGUAUUCAACUGAUGCUAGACAAAUAGAUUCUGAUGUAAAUAGACAGUUUAGAGAACAUUUAUAUUAUCGAGAAAGAUAUAGUAUCAAACAACAAUCUCUGUUUAAAGUUCUAACUGCGUAUGCUAUAUAUAACUCAGAAGUUGGAUAUUGUCAAGGUAUGUCUGGACUAGCUGGGGUGCUUCUUAUGUAUAUGAAUGAAGAAGAUGCUUUUUGGGCAGUGCAUAUUUUAUUGAGUAAUCCGAAAUAUGCAAUGCAUGGACUUUAUAAAGAAGGUUUUCCCAAGUUAACAAGAUUUCUGGCACAUCACGAUCGUAUACUAACAAAGUUAUUACCUAAGGUUAAAAAACACUUUGAUAAACACGGACUAGAUGCUAUUUUGUACUCAUUGAAGUGGUUUUUUGUGUGCUUCAUUGAAAGGGUGCCAUUCAAUCUGUGCCUGCGCAUAUGGGAUAUAUAUUUAUUAGACGGAGAACGAGUUGUUACUGCUAUGGCCUACACAAUACUCAAAUUACAUAAAAGAUCAUUAUUAAAACUCAACGAUAUGGACUCAAUUGUUCAUUACAUUCAAGUUAAAUUGUACAAAGAUUUUGUAUACGAUGAGGACACAGUCGUACGUCACUUGGAGCAAUCAAUGGACGAGCUAAAGAGGCAUAAGUUAGAUCUGCCUGGUCCCCCCACAAAAGAAGAAUUACCGAGCAGACCGUUUGGGCUCUUCAAAGAGCCCACAUUUGAGGAAAUCGUCGGUAUAAGGAAGGAAACGUUUACGGAAAAAGAGAAAAAGACGAACGAGAUUAUAACUCUGACCAGUGAGGCUGCGAAGGAAGCUGUCGAAAGAGAUAGGGAGUGCCAGUUGUCUGUCGGUGACUCGGUCGGAUUCACAGGUUCAAAAUUUUCUUUUGAUCCCAGCAUCGACGACGCCAGUUCCCUCCUCGAAUGCGAACACACGGGUUCAAGACGUUCCCUAGCAGACACCAGCGUAACGUCAACUGCGGACCUUUCGGUAUUCUCCACGAUUACCCGAUCGCAGGCGCACGAAAACAGCCUGGAUACACACAGUAACAUGUCUGACAACUCUGUGGGAGGCGCCAGCUCCGUAGGCUCUGGCAUAGGUGCUACUAGCAGCCUCCAAAGAGCGGUAAGUAGUCACUCUACGCCUAGAGCUACACCACACAAUCCUAGUCCCGAUAUUCUGAGAAUAUAUGUACCGUAUUCACCUUUAGAUACGCCAAUUGCUAGUCCUCAUAACGGCGACAUACAGAAAGUGCCGUGUUCUUUUCUGGACACAAAUAAAAUUCGUAUUAGGAUAGAUAAUGAUGAACUACCAACUCCUCUUGUAGAACAUGGACAAAUAAAAAAUUUUAGAAUAGAUAGCCCUGUUGAUCUAAAUUGAUAAAAUAACUGUAAAUGUUCAGAUUCAUCUAUUUGUAUCAAGUUGUUGUUCUUAAUUGGGUUGUCCAGAUAAAUAUCCAAUAUAUUUUCACCGUUUUCCUAUAAUUUGAACGAUUAGGUAGAUUUAUUAUAAAAAACAAUUUUACUUGUUUUAUUUGUCUUAAUUGUCAAGAGAAAAGUUCUAUAUAGCAGUAUGUUUACUCGUAAUGAAUAGUAUUUAUUAGAAAUGAUAUUUUUUUUAUUUAUUAUAUUGUACAUAGCCUGUUUAUUUUAUCUUUAAAUGGUACAAUUUAUGUGGGAUUCAUACUACUUUAUUCUACUAAUACUAUUAAGUUUUGGGGCCUAAGUUGUGGGAAAAUCCAAGUAUUUAAAGUAUUAUUUUAGCAUGAGCAAAGGGAUUUUCAAUAGUUUUAUAUAAUUCGUAAAAGAUAUAGUAUUUUUUCUAAAUAUAUAAAAUAUGUUCUAUAACAGAUUUCUUGUCAUAAAUCUUGCCUGCUUUAAAAAUGUAUCUAUUUUCAAACAAUUUUCUUGCGAAUAAAAUUAUUUUCAAAAAUAAGUAGUUUUUACAAAAAAUUCAAAAUCCAUAGAUUUUAUUUAAAAAAAACACUUACUUCACUCCCCUGUGUCUUGCUGUAAUAUAUAUUUUAUGAGAAAAGCUGUUCCUGUAUAAAACACAGACUGUUCAAAUUUUGCUUAUACAGGGUGUCCCACCGGGAAAUCUGUCGAUCGAUAUCUAGGAAACUACUG